AUGGAUGAAAAGGCUGAUAAUCUGCAUCACAGAGGAUUUCCGCUCAACAAUCUACCUUCAAAUAGUACAGGAGCACGACUGCAGAACAUUGGCAACAUUAAUAUUGUCCUUCUGGGGAAAACCGGAGUUGGGAAAAGCUCAACAGGAAACACAAUACUUGGAAAAAACAUUUUUAAAUGUAAAAAAAGUCUGAAAUCUGUAACACAGUCUUGUGAAUGUGGAGAAUCGGUUGUUGAAGGCAGACAUGUAUCUGUAGUUGACACUCCUGGGUUUUUUGACACAACACUUCCAGAGGAGAAGCUGGCAGAGGAGCUGGCACAGAGUGUGUUUCUGUCUACACCAGGACCUCAUGCCUUCUUAUUUGUACUACCUACAGAUAGAUUCACAGAGCAGGAGGAAGAGGUAUGCAAAGAAAUUAAAAUGAUGUUUGGUCAAGAUGUAUUGAAAUAUCUUAUACUGCUCUUCACACAUGGGGAUGAUAUUGAGCUCGAGACAUUUGAGUCAGAGGUAAAUGAGCAUGAAAUGUUAAAAAAAAUUGUUAAGAGCUGUCAGGGGUAUCAUAUCUUCAACAACAAAGAUCAAACUAACAGAGAGCAGGUGAAUGAUCUACUGCAGAAGAUUGACAUAAUGACAGAGCAGAAUGAAGGAAAACAUUACAGUAAUGAGAUAUAUGAGGAGGCAAAGAGAACUACAUUUAAGCGUUUCUGGCAAAAUUCGCUGCCCUGUCCGUUUGACCGCAGCCCAGUGGAGCGGAUCACUGGUGCUCGCCUCAUCAUCACCGUGCCCGCUGCUGUUAAAUGCUAA